CACGACGAAGAACGAAAUUCGUAUUCAUAUCUAUUUACUGUACAUAUUAUGAAUAUGAUGCGGCAGCCAUCACCAUCGGAUGGCACAGGSGCAUCGCAUGGCACGACACGGUGGAACAGAACGGAAAGAACAAAAACCAAAACUCGUGAUUCAUCCUCACUCACACACAACCCCAAGAUUUUCGAUUUUCCUCUUGUUUGGAACACGAUGCACAAAAGAUACCAAUCAAAGGGCAUCCCACCAAUCCUGCUACGAACCCAUCGCCACCGUCGAAACCGACACUCUCGACCCGAUCCCCGCGAACGGUAGCCCCGGCCCGGUGACCUUUUUUCUCGCGGAAACGAACCCCGCAGGGGAAAGAACAAGAACAAGAACAACCAGCAAGCCAGCCAGCAAGCCAGCCAUGUUCUCCGCCUCCCGGUCGGCCGUCGCCACGGCRGGGGCACCGCCCCCGCGGCUUGCCCGGAUGGCCGCCGUCUUGCUCGUGGCGUGCCUCUUGCCUCCGACAAGGGCCUCCCUGGGCGUCUCGGUGGAGGCGAACCCCGGCGCGGAAGGCGGCGGUGCGGAGCUGGCCUACCGCGUUUUCCACACGGGGGGACCGAGAGCGUCGCCGCCGACCCGGCUCUUCGAGGGGGGGGACCUCGCCGUCUUUUCCGGGGGCGGGUGGUGCGUCGCCCCUUCGYCGUCGUCGYCGKCGYCGCCGCCGGGGAGCAAGGGAUCCCCCCGGUCCACGGGGCUCGUCCUGGCCAAACAGGAAGCCCUGGGGGGCACCCUGCCCGGCCUGGGAGCCUACGGGGGCACGCGRAUCGAGUGGGUCUGCGAGCUCGGAGGGGRCCACCGCCGCGGAAGCCGAGAGCAGCGAAGGAUCGCCACCUCCUUUGUGGCCCUGGACUCGGGACGGGCCGUGGUCUUCGAGAUCGACUUUCCCGACGGGCUCGACAAGACCUCCCUGGGAGACGCCGGGGAAGGGGCAUCCCUCGCMACCUUUCCGUCCUUUGUGGUGCUUCCGAAUGCGAACGCCAUGAACGCCACGAACGCCACGCGGCACGCGGCACAUCUGCCACCGGACCUGCUGGAGCGGGAGGGUCCCUGUCCCCUCUCCCCCUCGCUCCCGUCGGUCCUCUCGUGGGAGGGCUCCUUCGUGCAGAGCGUCCGGAGGCUCUCGGCCGGACCGGGGGGAGGCCCCACGGUCUUUUACGACGCCUCCGAUCCCUCCCUGGCCACGGUGGUCGUGGCGAGCCCCUUUGUCCCCUUUGCGAGCGGACGAMUCCGGAGGCCCUCCUUCGGCAAGUUCACGGCCGGAAACCACAGGGACUGGACGGGAAGCCGGCCCGCCUUCUCCCCCGGGCCGAGCGGCAGGCUGGGGUGGAUUCCCCCGGGAACGGCMCACGCAAUGAUCCUCUACGAGGGCAGCACCGGGGGCAUCACGGCCACCAUCGACGAGUGGGGGGCCGCGAUGCGAGCGGCGGCCUCUUGGAAGGCUUCGCCGCUGCCGSCGUCGCUGCCGUUCCCAUUGGCAACCGGGGACUCGGAGCUUUCCAAACCGGGGAACGAGACUGCCCGCGGUGCCAUCCGAGGCGGGAGCGCUCAUGAGAAACUCUGGGACGUGACCCUGGAGAAGAUUGGCUACCAAACGGACAACGGGGCCAUGUACUGCUUCUGCCGGCAAUCCAACUGCUCGGAGGUGCUGCUGCGGGAAAAAGAAUACCUGGACUCGAUAGGGAUCCCCAUCGGGUACCUCUCCUUCCAGGGAGCCGGGACCUCCAGCGGAAGGGGAACCGCCGCUCCGUGGUGCAUCGAGCGGUGGAGCGCCGACGGCGGCCAGGACACGAACCACUACCCCCUCGACACCGGGGCCUUCCGGGAGGCGCUGGGGGUGCCCCUCCAGCUCUACGCUCCCUACUUUUGCCCCAACGCGAGCGAGUACUUUUCUCCCCACACGCCGUGGAAAUCGGUGGCUUCGGACCCGGGCCUCCCGGGCUGCGAGGGCUUUGCCUUCGAAACGGCUUCGGCGGAAGACGCGGRGGCAUUCUUCGCCUGGUUCMUGGCCAAGGGGAUCGACCGCGCCGGGAUGGGAAGCUUCGAGUCCGACUUUAUGCACCARAACGCCAACUGCGUCCGCGAGUUCGUGGAGGACCCCGUCCACGGCUCCGACGCCUUUCUCGCGGGCAUGGCCGGCGCCGCACUGGAGCUGGGCACGCCGAUCCAGUGGUGCUACGCGUCCCCGGGCGUCGUCCUGGCCUCCCUCUCGUUUCCCUCCGUCACCAAUUUCCGGGUCUCCUUCGAUUUCUGCUACGGGAACAGCUACGCCAUCGGGGAGUCCUCCCUGCUGGUCUGGGCCGCCGGGGCGGCUCCGAGCAAGGACACGCUGUGGACGACCGAGAACCAACGGACGGAAACCCCGGGCUGCGCUUGGACCGARGACCACGAGGCCCCCGCGGCGGAACUCCACGUCGUGCUUGCGCUCUUGAGCACGGGGUACGUAUGCGUAUGCGUAUGCGGCCCGGGCAGCGGGUGAAGAAUACCUGGCGUGUGCCCGUCGUUUCUCCCCCCGACUCACCCCUCGUUGCGUCUUUGUUCUUCGAACCGUUGCGGAACCAAGGCCCGUCGGGAUCUCGGACGCGAUCGGCAUGACCAAUGCCACGCUGCUGCRCCGGACCAUAUCGGCGGACGGGGGGUUGCUCCAGCCAUCGAARCCCGUGACCGCGGUGGAUUCUAGCUUCCGAGAAGACGGCGCGAAACCGAAGGGGUACCUGUACGGAACGCACGCACUCGGUCCGUCGUGGAUCUUUGUUUCCUUCCGGCUCGCCGAAGCCUUCCCCGUGACGGCCCGGGACUUCUGGCCYCCGCUCGGGGUGGGGCAGACCGCCCGCCUGGUGCAUCGCUCGUUUKCCUCGAGCCCGGACUGCGUGGACGGYGCGGACGCCCUGGAGACCGGCUGCGUCGCGAUGGUUYCCCCCGAAGCGACGAACGGGCAMGGCUCUCGGGGGGGCGACAUGCCACCGAUCUUUGUGGCACCAAAGUCCUCGUUCGGAUCCCCCGGGUCGGAUCUGUCUCCGAGCGUUGCCACGGUGUGGCAGGAAUGCCCCCUGAGCGGUGUGGUCUUCCUCGGAGAACUGGACAAGUACGUUGCACUGUCACCGAAACGGUUUCGGUCACUGGACUGCACGAAAGACGGUGCAUCGGCUGUUGUUCGAGGAAGCGAGGGCGAAGUCGUCGAGAUAACACUCUUGGUACCAGAUCACGCUCAAUCGUACCGCGUGGUUAAACGAAAAGUUCCGAUCGCAAGCGAUUCCGCCGUUGUUCGCUUUGUSYUCCGAACAGACCAUCUGAUUCAAAGCAGAAUCACUGCGAUUGCAACGACAGAAUAAUCGAYCGCAAGAAUACCUAAGUAUGUUUUYGUCUGCUAAAACUAUUAGUAAUGCUUGACACAACAGCGCGUUAUUUCGAACUACAAAACAGUCAUGGUCAAGGGAUCCUACAAUUGAGAGAUGUUCUUAGUGACGCUGCUACUCUGUCGAAGGAGCAUCCACGGCACAAUUUUUCGUUCGAAAUGAAAACGUCGUCAAACACCACACUAAGAACUGMACAUUGCUCCUCGUUGCUCYCUUUUMCUUAUUCCUCCUCCUUCGCUUUCRUCGCGGCUUUCUUCUCCUUUUGCUUUCCCUUCUUGUUCAAUCGGUGGAUCAAUGCGUCUUUCUUGGAUCCUCCGUUCAAAGACAUAAAGCCGUCGGGAAUGCUUCCUUGACCGAAGUUAUCGUCGCAAUACUUUUGCGGUUCUGGAGCCAUCUUCUCAGUCACAAUGAUCAUACGACUCCGCAUUUUCUUGCUCAUAAAAGGCUUCAUCAACCCCACCAUGAGAUGUACCCAACGGGCGCAACCAAACAUGUAGAUUCCUUUCAUUUUAAUGGGCAAGACGCCAAUCGUGAAUCGGUCCAUCUUAGCACCCAAUUCCAUGGGAASAAGAGUMAYACUUUUCCAGAAUCCAAGAUUAUCGAGAGCUUCAACUAGCAGCAAACCAUUGUCCUGGCCUCUGUGGUCGAACAUCAUCAGGUGACUAAACCAUACAAUAUAUCUCAUUUGAUCCUGAGGAGCAAGAGACUUGAUGCUCUUCGUAUSCAUUGUUCCGAGAUCAAACCACCARAUGAGUUGAUCAUCCUUGGAGUGAGUUGCCUCGAGGCCCCAAGCCUUAUGUACCUCUUUCACAGAUUCAAACGUGAGGGGKUUUUCGGCCAUAUCUUCGGCCAUGUUGUCUUUCAUCCAUUCGAAGUAAGAGUCCAAUCGACGCCGGGCCUUGGAGGCAUUCACGACGAGAUUUGCACCCUCGCUUCCUUCGACAAUAUCUUCUUUGUCCUUGAUGGACCACUUCAAAAACGACUUCAAAAAGUUUGUUUGGGUGGUGUGAAAUUCRUCGAGGGGGACCAGAUCCAUGWAAGAGGUAAAUGGGAGUUUCUUUUUGGCCUGUUCCUGUUCCUCGGCCAACUUUGCAUCUUUUUCUCUUAUGUACUUCUUCAAAAUAGGCACACCCUGCUCCACRGUUUCCAACCAUAAAUCUUCAUCUCCGUCCUUUCCGGAAGCCAUUCCCAUGGUUUCCAUAGCAAACGACCAAUAACUCUUCUUUUUUCCGGUUUGGUCGUCGGUCAUUUCCGUCUCGAACACCUUUUUCAUGUCCGCUAGGCCGGCUUCUUCCUCUUCCGAUGARGGAACGGUAAMAUCAUCUUCGGUGCUCAUGAUGAAGAGAGUCAAAGGAAGUUGCUACAGAUUUGAUUGAUUCAAGUCUUUCUAUUGUCGUACCGAUACUUUUGCCGGUGUGGAUUCGUAUUUCUGAUACGAAUUUCGUAAAAGAUUUAUCCACUGUUACAAGGCCUUCAACACAAAAAAUUCCUUCUACAAUUUUUCUACACGCAAUAGUAGUUCUUAGUAGUAUCGUACGUACCCUGCUCGUAAAGCCUCGCGACAACUAAACUAAAACACUUGAA